AUGAAGGUGCCCUUGAGAGUUCGGAGGCUCCGGCGCCUGGCGUUUGAGGGCGGGGCCACCAGGAAGGGCGUGCUCUUGGCGGAGCUGAGUGCUGCCAAGGGCCGGCGCUGGCGCAGCCCGCUGCUGCAGGAGCUCCUCCUGGAUGUGUCGGAGCUGCUGAACUUGCGGGCCUACGCGCGGACCUACGUGAGCUCCCGGCCGCGGAUGGUCUUGGAGCUCGAGGAGGCGCGGUGA